CGUGCUUGUUGUCUCAAGUCUGGCAGCCACUGACUCGCUAAGAUGGCGGCCGCGGCGGUGGUGGAGUUUCAGCGAGCGCAGUCUCUCCUUACUACGGACCGCGACGCGUCAAUUGACAUCCUUCACUCCAUAGUAAAGCGAGAUGUCCAAGAGAGUGAUGAGGAGGCUCUACGGGUUAAAGAGCAGAGCAUUCUGGAACUUGGCACCCUUCUUGCCAAGACUGGACAAGCAGCAGAACUCGGGGGUUUGCUCAAGUAUGUGCGUCCAUUCCUCAACUCAAUUAGUAAAGCCAAAGCAGCAAGGUUGGUCCGGUCUUUACUUGACCUCUUUCUGGACAUGGAGGCAGCCACUGGUCAAGAGGUGGAUCUGUGUUUGGAGUGCAUUGAGUGGGCAAAAGCAGAGAAAAGGACUUUUCUGCGCCAAGCUCUGGAGGCUCGUUUGGUUUCACUCUAUUUUGACACUAAGCGGUACCAGGAGGCUCUACAGCUUGGCUCUCAGUUACUGCGUGAACUAAAGAAAAUGGAUGACAAAGCUUUGCUAGUAGAAGUGCAACUAUUGGAGAGUAAGACUUACCAUGCGCUCAGUAACCUGCCCAAAGCACGAGCAGCCCUAACCUCGGCUAGGACGACUGCUAAUGCCAUCUACUGUCCGCCCAAGCUGCAGGCUGCUCUUGACAUGCAGUCGGGCAUCAUCCAUGCUGCUGAAGAGAAAGACUGGAAAACCGCAUACUCUUAUUUUUAUGAAGCAUUUGAAGGUUAUGAUUCCAUUGAUAGUCCGCGAGCCAUUACAGCUCUUAAGUACAUGCUCCUCUGCAAAAUUAUGCUAAAUGUCCCUGAGGAUGUGCAGGCCUUAAUAAGUGGGAAAUUAGCCUUGCGGUAUGCAGGACGCCAGACAGAUGCCCUGAAGUGUGUGGCACAAGCUAGUAAAAAUCGGUCACUGGCAGACUUUGAAAAGGCCUUAACCGAAUACAGAGGGGAGCUGCGUGAUGACCCCAUAAUCAGCACACAUCUUGAGAAGUUGUAUGAUAACCUCCUUGAACAGAAUCUGAUCCGGGUCAUCGAGCCCUUCUCAAGAGUACAGAUUGAACACAUAUCAUCGCUUAUCAAACUCUCUAAGGCGGAUGUUGAACGCAAGUUAUCACAGAUGAUUCUGGACAAGAAGUUUCAUGGGAUCCUUGACCAAGGAGAGGGUGUGCUAAUCGUGUUUGAUGAGCCUCCAGUUGACAAGACGUAUGAAGCAGCUUUGGAAACCAUUCAGAAUAUGAGUAAAGUAGUGGAUUCACUGUACAACAAAGCCAAGAAGCUGACAUAGAAGUCAGCCAUGCAGGAUUUGGAGAUUUGCUGAUUGUGACCAGCAUGGAUCAUCGGGGGAGAGGAGGUGGAGGACGAGGGGGUGAACUGCCACAAGACUGCUGUUUCCUUCUACUUUCACUGAGAAAGUUUUUAAAGACUAUCUCAUGGGACAAAAUCUCAACUUUUACAUCACACUUUCAGGUUAUUCUGUAUAGCGUACCCACUGGCCCUUGCUGGCUAUCAGGGAAUAUUGUAAAAUAAUCAAAUGCAGUUCUAUAAAUAUAUAUAUAUAAUAUAUAUAAAAUGCAAGAUAAUAAAAGCAGUCCGCUUUCACUGCCUGCAGAGUGUUCUUGUAAGCAAAGGCAAGGGGUGGCACGUCGGGGAGGCCUGAUAGUGCCGCUCUUGUUACUGCUGCUGUCUCUGUGGCCUGAUGAGCAUUGCUGGACUUAAUGAGGGCUGACUCUCCAACAGCCUUCUGUCUUUUGUAGAAUUGCAGUAUAGGAGAUUUGCAAAUCCACCUGCUCGGUCUUCUGCCCACUCACCCAUAGAAGGUGCCACAUGUGCAAGCUACUGGGUGAAGUGGGUACAUGGCUGUGUUGCCCCUGUCCACAUUGAGCAUUGUCGCCUCCUUGCUGGCGCUUUCUGUUUUGAAAAAGGGAACUUGUAGGCAGUGUAAGCCCUGGCUGUCCUCACUUGUUACACCCGCUUUCUUUUAUGUGGUUCACCUUUGUUUCGUUUUAUUUUGCCCCUUUGAUCUUUGGUAUUAGUACUGAAAAGCCCCUGUCUGGCAUUUAAUACAUUUUCCUGGGGUUGUUUACUUUCCAGCUUUUUUAUUUUUUUUUUUAUUACUGCCUCACUCACUCUGCUUCUUAUCUCAAGUUAUCAGU